AUGUCGGACGAAAGCCUCUCCGAUUCCGACAUCGAUGUUAUUGAUCUCAACUCAGAUGAAGAUCAGGCGGUACAUGAUGAUCAUGGUUUCGGAACGCCAGUGCCUCAAGAGAUUAUCUUAGGCGUGAAUGGGCAAGGCUCGCCCAUCCCGCAUAUGGUCGAUGGGCCUGGGCAAGCUGACCCGAUGGACAUUGACGAUUCUGAGACCGAGGAUGAUGAGCCUGAUGGGCCUUUGAUCAAUAACGAGGAAGGUCUCUUUGUCAAUGAUGACGGCUGCGAUAGCGACAGCGAUAAUGGGCCCCCUGGACCCCCUUCUCCGCCUUCAUCUGAUGGCUCGGAUGAAGAAGACGACGACGACGACGACGACGACGACGACGACGACGAAGAAGAUGAAAACAACGACGAAGACGAAGAUGAAGAUGAAGACAGCGAUGGUAAUGAAGACGGCAACGUUGACGCAGGCGUUGCGCCGGUUCAGCUAAGCCAUCCAGGAGUCAGCAUGGGGAAUCCCGAUGGUGGCGAUGAUCCUGGUGAUGACCCUGGUGAUGACCCUGGUGAUGACCCUGGUGAUGAUUCUGCCGAUGACGGUUCACAAGAUGAGGCGGACCCCGACCAAGAUGACGACCCCAUCAACGACCCUGAUGUAGAAGGUGAUGACUUGCAUGGGCACAAGAACGUUAACGCAGAAGUGUCGCAGUGUCUGGAAGAAGAGAAUGCCGAUGAACCGGAAUUCUAUGGCAACUGCAUCAAAACAUGUCAACCUCAGUGGUGGAAACUUGCACAGAAGCUCACGAAAAUUCGAAACCUGUUUCUUCGAGAAAGACGAAUCCUUGCACUCUGCAAAUCUCAGAACAGAGCUAGAGUUACCGACCGGAACCGAACGAUCAGAGCCCUUAGGCAACAAAAUCUGGCCUUCAUUGAGGUAGUGCAAGCGUUUUACGGAGCGAAUGCAGCCAAUGUCACGAUCAACCGAAACCUCUACGAGGAGAAUGAAGCCCUCAGGCUCUUGGUAACUGAAGAGGGCUUGCGUGAUUUCCCUGAUGCUAUUCCUUUGCCUCUGCAUAAUAUGGAAGCAUCUGUGUCUCAACAGACGCGAGAUCAACUCCCUGCCAACCUCCAGGACCAUGUGCGCAUUUUUCGGCAUGGACCUCGAAAGACUCAACGUUUGUGGCCAAAGGUCUAUCGAAGUUGGGUCAGACAUGGCAGAUCCCCUGGUUACAAGAAUUGGGGAGAUGUCUAUAAACUCUCGUGCACAGAGGAGAACAUGUCAUCGGCUUUCGGUAAAAGGACGCCACUCAAUACACACCCUCUACUGAAAUUACGCCCGCCAAGUGAUGAGGAAGAAGCCAGGGCGCUCGGCGGUGACAGUGAAUGUUGCACUCCGCUACCUGAUCGACGGCGCUGCUCUUCACCAGCUGAACAAGCCCCUUCGCCGUUCCGCUUCGAUGACCUUCCUGAUGAUAUUCAGGUCAAGAUCCUGCGAAUCGUUCUGGUCUUUGACGGUGAGCCUGUCUAUGUCAUCUCUCGACUCGAUCCGUACUACGAGCCAGAUUGUGGUCAUCUCAACUGUAAUCACCAGACUUCGCUCUUGCAUCGGUUCCACAUUGGACGUGAGCAAGUUUCUCUCACAUAUGGGACUAUCCAUCCUCAGAAGCUUCUCGCUCCUCUUCUUGUGUGCAAGCAGUGGAAUCUCAUAGGCUCAAGCCUCUUCUAUGGAGCAAACACAUUCCAUUUCUCUUCUAUCGGCGAAUAG